GAGUUGUUGAAGCAGAGGGAACAGCUCCAGAACAUAGAAGGAAACCUGGACAACAUCAACAGUACAAUGAAAAUUAGCCAGAAACAUAUCAACUCUCUGAAAAGCAUCUUCGGUGGCCUGAAGAACUACUUCAGCAAGGGGGGCUCCUCCGAGGCCAGCUUGCCCCCCGAGGGGGUCCGCCCCUCCCCGGAAGGGGGGCCCUCCCCCCUGGCGGACACCGUGGGCCACCUGCGGGCGGAGGCCAGGGCCAACGAGGGCUCCCACCCCGCAUUCAGGGCCAGGGACCUGUCCUUCGAUGACCUUGACGCGGGAGAGAAGAAGUCUCCGGUUCAGGCCAGUGGAAGCAGGGACAUCGACGACAAGAUCGACAAGAAUCUCGACUUCCUGACUUCCGGCCUGGGCAGGCUGAAGAACCUGGCCGUGGGGCUGCACGAUGAGAUCGAGCUCCAGAACGAGAUGAUUGAUGUUAUCCACGACAAGGCAGACAGGGCAGACGAGACCCUGGAGUACCAGAACAGGCAGAUCAAGCGCAUACUCAAGAAGUAGACCCCCCCCCCCCCACCACUUGUAUCGUUUUCUGUUGUUUUUAUUAAUCCAGAUUUUAUUUGUAAAUUAUGCAUUGUAUUAAAAGAGGUUUUCUAGCA